UGAAAAAGCAUAGACAACAAGCUAUAAAACGGAACUCGAAGAAAACAAUAAAAUUUUUACGCGCAAAUCUAAUCAACGUUCCUUAAUACGCCUCGCGUAAAUCUGCAACGAGACUGAGCUAUAGCGUAGUCCGUUUGCAACCAAAUCCAAGGAGGGGGCAUCGGCAUCACGAUGGGCAAACGCCUCCCGUUGGAACGCCCACCGAUAGACCGCAACAUACGCAAACGAAAGCGAGCGCCGGCCAAAACCAGCGGCAGUGUGACGGAGAAAUGCCUGCGCCUCAGCGCGGCGACAAAUGGCAAUGGAUAUGAGUUCCACGAGAACGACGACGAGGAUUCCUCAUCGUCGGGGUCUGCUGGCGGUGGUGAAGUGGAGGAAGAUACAUCUGUGUUGAAGACCCCGCAAGCUCAAAGCCUCCUGUUGGCUGGAGCUAGUUUUGCCAGUGACCACAAUCACUCAAACUCUACCGAGUCGCCGCGUCCGGUAUAUACGUUGCGUCCAUCUGUCGUCAAUGGAACCAUACUGAGGGACGUGCUCUCCAAGGCGUGGCGUUUGGGGCGACCCAUAGGCAAGGGAAACUUUGGCGAGAUCUUCCUAGCCUCAGAAGACACUGUCUGCCCCGUUAGCUCUGAAAGAGCCAAAUUCGUCGUCAAAAUUGAACCCCACUCAAAUGGACCACUUUUCGUCGAGAUUCACUGUCUGAUCAACACAUCUCAGACUAAGAAAAUAGCUGAUGAUCACGAGGAUGCUGCCAACAUUUCGGCUCGUAGGCAUAUUAUUAGCAACGGGCCCCCGUCCGGAAUACCCAGCUACAUUGCCUCGGGCACACACUACUUUGGAGAUGCUCGGUAUCGGUUCUUGGUCCUGCCCCGCUUCGAUCGCGACCUGCACUCGCUCAUUAAAAACUCACGGGUGGAGCAGAAAUGCUUGCUGGUCCUCGCUAUCCACAUAAUUAAUGUGCUAGAGCAUCUUCACGACAAGGGCUAUUGUCACAACGAUAUCAAGGCACAGAACCUAAUGAUAUCCAAGUGCAAGUACCUCAAGCAGCAGGCAGUGCCUGCCGGAAAAGUCAAGGGGGCAAAGAGCGAUGGCUACGACGAGCACUACGAUGAGAAACAGCAGACGACAGACAGCGGGAAUAGCUCGGAGCAGGAGACAACCGAUGAUGUAGUCAAGUUCAGUGAUGGCGACGAUGACUACUUCAUGAAGAACAAAAAGUUGGCUUUAAAGCAAAUUGUGGAUGCCGCCCAGGAAGAUGAGGAAGACGAGGACUUUGAUGAUGGCGCCACUUCGAACAGUAACAACAGCAACAGCCUGGACACGUACCACACGCCAGUGAACAAAAAUAAGGGAAGCGUGCGCAAGACUAACAUCGAGUUCAGCGGCUCCAAUCCGGUGCGUUCGUGCCGUCGAGAAAAGCGCAACUCCAUGUACGAGGAAAUGGUCAAGUCGCACUAUCUGCGACCCACCAAACGCGUUAGCUACCGCGAGGACUUUAACGAGGAUGGUUAUCCCAUAAAAAAUAAUGAGGAUAAAGACGAUCAGUCGCCAGUAACGUCCGAUAACGAUUCAGAGGAGUUUCUUCCACCCUCGGCGCGACGCGCGACAGCAGCCGUGGGUAAACGGGCAAGGCACGCACAAGCACAUGCACAUCCAUCUACGCCCUCCAAGUGCUCCAUAACUACACGAGCAACGAGACAUCAAUCGAAACUUAAAAGUGAAAUGAGCGAAGGUAGCAAACGGAGUGGAAGGCGAAAGCAGGACGACACCCAAUCCCACGCAGAGUAUCAGCUUCUCCCCGCCGAGGAAGAGCACGUGUUCCUUAUUGACUUUGGCCUGGCCUCAAAAUAUCAAGACCGCGGUGUUCACCGUCCGUUUAUUAUGGACCAACGACGUGCGCACGACGGCACUCUAGAGUUCACAUCGCGCGACGCCCACCUGGGCGCGCAUUCGCGACGCAGCGAUUUGGAGUGCUUGGGCUACAAUUUGGUGUACUGGUCCGAGGGUUACCUGCCCUGGAAGGAUGUGGCCCAGCAGCAACAGCAGGAGAAAGUGCACCGUGCUAAGGAGCUCUUUAUGACGGAUGUCUCGGAAAUGUUGCGUCAAUUCUACGGAAAACAAGUUCCUAAGUAUUUGGGCGAGUUUCUGAAACAGAUUGGCCAGUUAGCAUACCAGGAGCGUCCCAAUUAUGAGCGUUAUCGCAACAUCUUUAAGCGAGAGUUUCAUCGUCUGGGCCAUGACCCCAGCCAGAUGCGCUUAAACAGCGAAGAGAUUUUGCUCUCCCGCGUGGCUGUUAAGGACGAAAUGUAUGGCAACAAGUGCGAUAUAUUUGAACUGAAUAAUAAGAUUUCCACCAACGUGAUGCGUAACUCAACGCUUAGCACUCCGUUCCAGGAGCACUCGAUAACAAAUCGUGUAUCGCCCAAGAACCUGCGAUCCAAGUCGAGCAAGAAGAAUGUGAAAAAGAAGUUCUCAUGGGCGGAGGUUAUCUCUCAAGACCCCGAUCAAAUAGCCCGCGAACGGGCGGCCAAGGAGUUUGAACGGGAGGAGACCAUAUGCCCCUUGCAAAUGCGUCUUCCUAAGCGCUAUGAGGGCAGGCCAACCUAUGCGAUACUGACGGUUGAGCAGAGUCGACGCGAUAAGGGACUGGUCGUGCAGGAACACAACGAAGGCGAAUGCCAUGAUGAAGUCGAUGCAUUGACUCGCGAGCAGGACCAGGAGGAGGAGGAGGAUAAUGAUGCAGCAGAAAGCACUGAUGGAGAGCAGUAUGCAGAGCAAGGCACGUCUGAGGAGAGCGAUUACUCUGACCAUUCCGAGCAAGCAGUUCGUCGACGCGUCGGGGGGGGAGCCUACCGGAAAAGAACCAGCAAGCAAACCCAAACACAGCAGCUGAAAUCCAACCGAGGUGUAUCACGUAGUAACAAAAAUAUAGCCUCGGCUAAAUUUGCCGGCGGUGCUGUUAGCAAAUCUCGGUCUACGCCGUUGUCAGCAGUGGCCAGUAACAAACGUGGCUGCGCCACACGCAAAGAAAAUGCCACUGUGUCCUCUGCCACCGAUGAGGUGGAGCGCAAACUGAAGUCAAGGCGGUCGCCAGAGGAUCGACCUAAGCAGCGGCGCACGCGCCGAUGCCUAUAUAAGACUGAGUCAAAAAUUGGCGAGCACGAUGUAGAGAACAACUCGAGCUUGUUGGAAGUGCAGAAUCUGUACAGCGAAUACGAUGACGAAAACAAGUACAUCAAGGGGCGUAAUGUCAACCCGUCCAGGCAUUCUCGCAAAUUAUAGAGCUAUAAAUAGGGACCGACCGACCAACCGACCGACCGACUAGGCUAGGGGGACUUCAAACCAAGAAUUAGAAAACUAGCAACCUAAAUUCGUUUUCAAGUAUUUUUAGUGGUUAACAGGGCACUACCCGAUGCCAGAUGAGUUGUUCAGAGGAACAGAACAAAACCUAAUCAUGCUAAUACACGUGGACACCACUCGUCAUGAUUUCUAAUUUUGGUUUUUAAUAAAUUAAUUUGUUAUCUUUAAGCAUUCAGAUUGGUACGCUCAGGCAGUCGGAGCAGAGCUAUGAGAGCAUCGGCUCAGCACAGCUCGGCUCCAUGCGCAAGACGUUGAAUUACCCAUUAUACGAUGUUGUAAGAAAUAUAUGUACGGACAAAAGGUGUGCAGAAACAGUGCACCGUUUGGCUCCACAUGGCCUUGAUAGCAAAUCUUUCAUGUAUUGAAUUUUUAUUUGCCACUUUUCCGUUAUUGUUAGGUUUCAUUUCCCAUUUUCCCUAUUACAUUUAAAAGGUAUACUCUACUCAAUAAAGUAUUUAAUAUAUAUA